AGGAGCUCAUACAUAUAAUGUUUUUACUGCUGUUUAUUGUUGUCAUAGUAACGUGUUACAAAGAUCUAACGAUAAAACGUAUUUUAAUCUUAUAGUAGCCAAGGGGCCUAUUUUUGAAUGAACAACAUUUCAAUAUAUUAUACAGGAUUUGUAAACGGAUCUUGUUGGUUCGUUUGUUAAAUUAAUACGUGUUGAUAAAAUUAAAUUUUUUUCUUGAAAAUGGCACCAAAAAAGAAAUCAAAAGGAAGCAAAGGCGGACGUACGAGUGCCGGGAUCGUAGAUGGUGUUUCUAUGGCUGAAAUGUCCAGAGAACAGCUUGAAGGGUUCGCAGCUAGAAUGAAGAAAGAGUUAGAACGCGAAAGAGAAGAAAGAAAUUUCUUUCAACUUGAAAGAGAUAAGGUAUUGACGUUUUGGGAAAUCACGAGACAUGAGUUGGAAGAAAACAGAGCAUCAUUGAGAAACAAAGACAGAGAAAUUGAAGAUAUAGAGGAAAAACAUCAAGACGAAAUCAAAGUUUAUAAACAAAAGUUGAAACUUUUAAUGUACGAACAGCAUGUACAUCUGUCAGAAGUACAAGCUGAAAAUAUGGUUUCGUUAAAAAUUGCAAAUGAUGAACAUGUAAAUGAAGAAGAAGAAUUAAUUAAAGAAAACGAUGCUCUCAAACAAGAAAUCGUCGAGAUAAAUUUACGGCAUAUAGAGGAAAUAAAUAAUAUUCGAUUGGAACAUGCCAGAGUUAUGCGUGAACUGAAAGACAGAUUUAUAUCUGACUGUCAAGUGAUCGAAGGAAAAUAUCAGAAACGUAUGGAAGAUUUGAGGAACCGUAUGGAUUUGAAGAACAAAGUGGAAGUGGCUGAGACUGAGGCUAGAAAGAACAAGCGCAUAGCGGAAAUCAUAGAAGACCAUAACAACGCAUUCAACAACUUGAAAGAACAUUACAAUGAUAUUACUGUCAAUAAUUUGACAUUAAUCGGCAGUUUGAAGGAAAAGCUAUUGGAAUUAAAAGAAGACCAACAGAGAGCAGAAAUGGACCUGAAAGAAGUGACAAAAGAAAACGAAUCGUUAAAAGGACCGUUAAAAGAAGCACAAAUUAAUGUCGAAGAAUUGACGCAAAAAAUGUCUAAUUACUUAAAAGAUAAACAACGAUUAAUGGUUCUUACUAAACGGUUGAAACAUUCAAAUGAUAAGUACAAGGACCUCCAGGUGAAUUACGACGAGCUGAAAAUGAUCUCGGAGAAAAUGCAAACCGAUUUAGAUAAUGUGAAGGACGAAUACUCGGACAAAUUAAUGAAUUUGCAAAUGGAACACGGGAAAAAGCUGUUGGCGAUCGAACGUAGGCUAAAACGAUCCGGAGAAACAGUCGAGGAAAAAGAGGCGCAGAUAGCGCGUUUAACUGGAGCUACGUCUGCGGACACUUCGAUCGCCAUGGCAAUGAAUGCAAAAACCGAAGCUUUACUUGAUAAGAAAAACCGAUUAAUCGAACAAAUAUGGAACGACCUGGUGGCUGUAACGCAGAAGUACAAUGAACUGUGUAAACAUUUCAAAAACACACUUCGACAUCACGGGAUACAAGGCUACGACGACGGAGUUUUCGAAUUGGUACCUACCGACGACAAACACGAAUAUUUUGAAAACCUCUGACAAUCACCGACUACUGCAAAAUGAUUAUACUAUACAUAUUUAUAUGUAAUUAUAAUUUAUUAUUAUAUUAUGACGAAUAACAAUGCA